AUGAUCAGAGUGUGUGCUAUUAAAAGUUGUGUCAGAGGGGGGGUUUUGCCAAGACCUGCUACCGCCUCCAUAUUCCAAAUAACAAGAUGUGCAUCCACUAACGCAGAGCAAGCGGCUGAGACUGAGGCUCCAGUUUUCCCAAGAUUAGAAGAGGUGAAGAUGGGUGAGCUCAUAGGAGGAAGUAAUUUUGGCCAAAAGACCUACCAUGUCGAAAGAAGUAGUACGGGGAACUUACCGGUGUAUUCCGCUUACAAAAAUGGUGGGAACAAGACUAUCACCGAGAUCAGGAAAAUCCAAGGAGACAUAAUUCAAUUGAGAAACGACUUGCAAGAGCAACUGCCCUUUAUACCCAAGGAGUCGUGGUCUGUGGUGAUGCAAUCCAAAAAAAUCAUAAUUAAAGGCAAUGCUGUAGAAGCAGUUAAAAGAGUAUUAACCAAGAAAUUUUAG